AAGCAAGCAGAAACAGGCAAGCAAGGAAGCACCUUGAGCUUGCAGAUUACUAGGCUCCGAAAAGGAAGAAGCUGGGGGAGAGAGCAAGGAAUGAGGCGAGAGAUACCAAACCCUUCCCGUCCCCAACCUUAACGCCAUGCUUCCCUCAUUCCCUCCUCGAUCCCCUGCUUUGCCCCAAUGCCACUCCUCCAGUAAUGUAUUAAUCCCUCCGGUCCCGGCCCCGCGGGCUCGGACAGGGACAGGGAGGACGAGCCAUGGACAGAGAGGCGGAAGCCCACCGCCAGGCUGCUCCCGGCGAGGUGGAGGCGACCCACGAGCAGGGGCACGAGCACGGCCACUGGAAGCGGCGGGUGCCCCGGAUCCCGGAGCGGCAGCGGCUCAAGAGCUCCGGCCUGGUGUGGGCGAUGGUGAUCCUGUGCACGGUGCUGGCCAUCGGCGUCAUCGUCGCCGGCGCCACGGUGUUCGCCGUGUACCUGCUGUACAAGCCCAAGAUGCCGUACCUACUGGUCUCCGACGCGCGGCUGGAGCGGCUCGAGUACGGGCAGUCGGGCACCAUCCUUGACCUGCAGCUGGCGCUGACCAUCCAGGCCGAGAACACCAACUCCAAGACGGACGCCACCUUCUCCGGGGUGAGUCUCGCCGUCGGCUUCCACGGCGCCGACGUCGCGCUGCUGCGGGCGGGGACCUUCUCCGUGGCGCGCCGCAGCUCCGUGCCGCUGCGGUACCAGGUGGUGUCGUCGGGGCGGCAGCUCAGCCCCGACGGGAUGCAGUACAUGGACGGCGCGCUCCGGGCCGGCGUCGUGCCGUUCGACCUCUUCGGCAAGGCGCGCACCACCUGGAAGGUGGGCAUCUUCGCCUCGCUCCAGUUCUGGACGCGCAUCUCCUGCCGCUUCCUCUUCAACUACCCCGGCAACGGCACCGCCAUGCCCAUCGACUGCCGCUCCAAGUCGCCGUAGCACUGUAGCCCGGCAACGGCACCGCCAUUCAUCAUUCGUUCGUCCGUCCGUCCGUUCGUUCCUUCCACAGCAACAGAUUGGCAGAUACAUACGUCAACGCGCAACACUUGUACAGCCGAAUAAUGCUGGUACAUACAUACAAUACACAUUUGUAAUCUGUAAUUCAUUUUCUUCUUCUUCCCAUUUACUGUUGAAUUAGUGCGGUUCGGAGAGAUGGAGUUGUGAAUUGUGAUGAUACCAAUUCUUUGGUUAAAAAAAAAGAGGAACAUGCUUCUGUAAUAAUCCAAUUAAUGAGGAUUCAAGUUUGGCCUUGUAGGAAUUAGGAUACUGCUCAAA